AUGCCAAUAGUCACAACUGCGCAACUUGUUAAAUUACAAGCCCGAACAGAUCAUAUUCGAAAUAUUUGCAUUUUGGCACAUGUAGAUCACGGGAAAACCACACUCUCUGAUUCACUGCUGGCUUCAAAUGGAAUUAUUUCAAGUAAACUUGCAGGAAAAGUGAGAUAUCUUGAUAGUCGGGAGGAUGAACAGCAAAGAGGAAUAACCAUGGAAGCGAGUGGAAUUUCUCUAUAUUUCAAAAUUUUACGUGAGGCUGCUGAAGGAGGUAAUUAUACAAAAUCUGAUGAAUAUCUAAUAAAUCUGAUCGACGCUCCCGGGCAUGUAGAUUUUGCAAGUGAAGUGUCGACAGCAUCUAGACUAUGUGACGGUGCAUUGAUCCUAGUUGAUGUUGUCGAAGGCGUUUGUACACAAACACAUACUGUGCUUCGUCAAGCAUGGGUAGAAAAGGUUAACCCAAUUUUAGUUCUCAACAAAGUAGAUCGACUCGUAACAGAAUUGAAAUUAACUCCAUCAGAAGCGUAUGUUCAUAUUAAUAAAAUUCUUGAACAAGUAAAUGCCAUAAUGGGUACAUUUUAUGCUGGUGAUGUGAUGGAGGAAGAAACAAGAAAACAUGAUGCUGAAAAGGAAAGGCUGACAAAAAAAGAAGGAAAUGAAAAUUCGGAUAUUGAAUCAAGUUCUAGCGAAACGAUAUUAGAAGAACGAGAUGAUUCCAAUAUAUAUUUUACCCCUGAUUCGGGUAACGUUGUUUUUGCGAGUGCCCUCGAUGGUUGGGCAUUUAGAGUCGAACAAUUUGCUCAAAUAUAUGCAGCAAAGUUAGGUAUUAAAGAGAAUAUACUUCGUAAAGUUCUUUGGGGUGACUAUUAUCUCGAUCCGAAAACGAAACGAUUGUUGCAAUAUAGGCAUCUCAAAGGACGUCAGUUAAAACCAAUGUUUGUUCAUCAUAUUGAAAAAAUCGAAAAAAUCGUCAAAUCUCUCAAUUUGAAAAUACUCCCUCGAGAUAAGAGAUCCAAAGAUACUCGAUCUUUGCUGAUUUCAAUAUUUAAUCAGUGGCUUCCUUUAUCAACCGCUCUCCCUUCCCCAGUUGCUGCACAACCGGUGCGACUACCACGAAUGUUAGGCGCUCUCCCUACUAGUCACGCUGAACCCAAAACUGGGUUUGAGCAGGAUUUAUAUAAUUGUAAUUAUAGCGAUUCUUCACCUGUCAUUGCAUAUGUUUCAAAAAUGUGUGCUGUUUUUUCAAGUCAGUUACCAGAAAACAGACGAAAACAAUGGACUGCAGAAGAGUUGAGAGAAAGAGGAAGACAAAAAAGGGGCGAAUUGUUGCUCGCUUCAAAUAAUCGACAAGGAAUUUCUUUGACCGAUACUUCAUCUGAUUCCAAUAAUGAAUAUCAAAAGAUUCCUAUAUCAGAAGAUUCCAACGUGAUUAACGAAAACGAAGAAUCACAGCCUAAAGAAACUUUUAUUGGAUUUGCACGUCUUUAUUCGGGUACUAUUCGUGUAGGACAGAAACUUUAUGUUUUAGGACCAAAAUAUGACCCUUCUUUCCCAGAUUUGCAUUGUUCGGAAGUUACUAUCGAGAGCCUUUAUUUGAUGAUGGGACGAGAGUUAGAAUCACUUCAGGAAGUGCCCGCGGGUAAUGUUUUCGGAGUCGGUGGUCUUGAAGGGCAUAUUUUAAAGAACGGUACUUUGAGUAGCACAAAAGAAUUUAAAAGUCUUGCAGGCGUCACGACUGAAACUUCUCCCAUUGUCCGAGUUGCUCUUGAACCGGAAGAUCCAUCUGAAAUUAAUAAGCUUAUUGAAGGUUUACGCUUGCUUAACCAAGCUGAUCCGUGUGUCGAAGUUCUUGUUCAAGAAACGGGUGAACAUGUCAUUUUAACUGCCGGUGAAGUACAUCUUGAAGUGAGCAAGAAAGACUUUGAUUUAAGAGAACGAUUUGCCAAAAUCGAGAUUCAAGUAUCCCCCCCAAUCGUGCCAUUUAGAGAAACAAUAGUUUCUGUUCAAGAACAAAAUAAAGAAUUAAGUACGCAACAUGGUGUUGUCACAGUUUCUACACCUAAUAAAUAUUGCGUAAUUAAGUUACGUGCAGUGCCACUGCCAUCUAAUGUAACUUCGUUUCUUAAUCAACAUGUCAUAACUAUUAAAUCUAUUUUGGAUGAACGUCAACAAAGGAAUAAAGUAGAGUCACAGAUAACGGAUGACUACGAAGAUUCUCUUAAAGAGGUUGCUAAUAAAGAAGAACGUGUAUUGGAUAACGAAGAAUUUUUAAAAAAUCUUGAAUCUGAGUUUAGUAAAGCUGUUGAAAAAGAAAUUUGGAAAGAUGUUGUUGAUAAAUGGCGAAAGAAUUCUAGUGAAUCAAAAAAUUCUGAUUUGCCCUUACAAAUUGAAAAUGAUAAAGAUUUGAAUAAACAAUCAUCGUCAGUGCUGACGAUUCGUGAUUUUGAGGAGAACAUUCACACAGGGUUUCAACUUGCUACGAAAUCGGGCCCACUAUGUGCCGAACCCAUGAUGGGCGUGGCUUAUUUUCUAGAAGAUUUUAAAAUUUCUAUUCCUGAAGAAAAUAUUGACGUUACUGAAAUGCGUUCGAAGGUAGGUGGGCAAGUUAUCACAACAAUGAGAGAUGCUUGCCGUCAAAGUUUUUUAGAAUGGUCUCCAAGGUUAAUGCUUGCUAUGUACUCUUGUGAUAUUCAAGCAACUACUGAAACGUUGGGUCGUGUGUAUGGAGUUAUUUCUAGACGUCGCGGUCGUAUCAUUUCUGAGGAAAUGAAAGAAGGAACCCCUUUUUUUCAAAUUUGCGCGUUAUUGCCCGUGUUUGAAAGUUUUGGAUUCGCUGAUGAAAUCAGAAAACGAACUUCUGGUGCGGCCAGUCCUCAGUUAAUUUUUAAUGGAUUUGAAAUGUUGGAUCAAGACCCGUUUUGGGUUCCAACAACUGAAGAAGAGCUUGAAGAUUUAGGGGAAAAAUCUGACAGAGAGAACCUCGCUAAAAAAUAUAUGGAAAGUGUAAGAAUACGGAAGGGAAUGUCUACAGAUAAAAAAAUUGUUGAACAUGCAGAAAAACAGAGAACACUCAAAAAGAAAUGA